AUGCCGCCGCGAAGAGUCGGAGAGGAAUCUCCUCGCUCCUCAGGACCUGGAGCGUCAUCAUCUACAGAUUUAACUGAGAGUCUGUGCCAGCUCACCCAAUUGACCCAGACCAUAGGAGCUGCCAUACUCAGUGGGAAUAACGGUGGCGGUGAUGUGUCCAGAAAGAUCAUGGGGCACAGUCCAUCGUGUUUCUUGGGUCAGGAGGACCUGGAAGUUCUUGAGAGUUGGGUCCACACGUUUGACAAGUUGUUUGACGUGGUAGGAUGCCCAGAGGAUCAGCGAGUAGAGGCUGCUGUAUACUAUCUACAAGGAGAGGCUGACCACUGGUGGGUCAUGGAAGGACCGGCUGUUCAGGCAAGAGAAGGGUUUGACUGGGGGAUGUUCAAGAUGGUGUUGAGAGAGAGAUUCUACCUAGAGCAUGUCAAGGCUGCCAAGUAUGAGGAAUUCUUGCAUCUCGAGCAAGGAAGUUUGACCGUUCAGGAGUAUCAUGCCCGCUUUGUGGCACUGUCUCGAUUUGCUCCUACCUUGGUACCUGACGAGGCGAGUAGGGCUCGCAAGUUCAUCCGAGGACUGCACUACGAUGCUCAGAAAUCCUUCUCCGCGGCGAGAUUUGCUACAUUGAAUGAAGCUUAUGAGGCUGCUGCUGGUUACUCCAGGAUUCAACAGUUGCACCGCGAUGCCAUGCAAGGGAUGAAGAAAAAGAAUGAAGGGAUGGAAGCACAGUCGAACAAGGGACACAGGUUCAAUCCGACGAGCAGGCUUGGCCAUAGAGAUGGGGAAAGGAGGAACAUGACUAUGAGACAUGGAGCUGGAGCUGGAGGACCACCGAGAGAGGGGGCUUCGGUAUGCCCGAGAUGUGGCAAGGAUCAUCCUAAGACCACUUGUGGAGGAUUGCCUGUUGUAGUUUGCUUCCGGUGUGGGAAGUCGGGUCAUAAAGCCGCUAUUUGUCGUUCCCCGAGGACGGAGGGAUCCCAUGGUACGAUCCCGAGCCAGCCACCCAGAGGUCCAAGCAACCAGGCGCUGAAUCAAGCUAUGGGAUGUGGCUACCCACCGAGAGGAGGUCCACACAGGAUUGGAAAUCAUGGACGAGGUGGAGCGCAUUAA